UGUUUUUCAUCCUGUCACUGUGAAUUUCAGCACAUCUGAACAGAGAUUUACAAAAAUACCUCCAUGGGAUUAACCUCAUGUCCACUGAGCUCUUACAGACAGGUUAACCCAACAAAAUGGGGCUGUAUGACUUGCAAGAGAAUGUAAUAGUAGUAAGAGUUAUUAAAGCAUUUCAGACUUCAAAUAUUCUCUUGCAAAUCAUCUUUUAAUAGCAGGAAACCUGCAGGACUACACAAUCAUACUUUAACAGUACAUUCAAGCCCCACUUUCACCCUGGGAGAGACAUGCAGCUCAAUUCCAGAUGUACAUUAAAGAAGUCAUUUUGCAACCACUAUUGUGUGAUAGAGAAUCCUGGAUUUAAGAUACAGCUGAUCUUAAGACAUAGUAAGGGGGGGAAAAAAGCAGUUAAAAAUCCAUGUGAACAAACAAAAUUCCUUUAAUUUAUCCGGAGAAUACAGAUUAUAUGUACAACAUUACCAACACAGGAUGCAAUCCCUUCAAUGUCAACAGGCAACAGACAUACUUGGAAAUAUGCUGUGAGCAAUAGUCUUCAGUAUUAUCUAAGACACAAAAUCACCAGCAUACAGAUUAUAUAUGUGUAUUUCAAAGGCUAUUCUGCAGAGAAAAGAAGGGUUUUGGUGAUUUCUGUACUGUACAACAGAAGCUAAUGUUUUCCAACUAAGCAGUAAUGUAAACUAAUUUUCUUUACAAGUAAUGGGCUUCUAUUGUUGAAAAGAAUUAAGUUAAUUUUCUUUCCAUUAUAUAGCAAUCACUUAAAAAUUACUCUCCCCAUAAAAAUCAUCAUCCAGCAGACUUCAGGAUGCACUACUUUCCUUGGGAAAGUUCAUAUGCAGAUAUAUACACAUUUAGAAGAUAACAGUCUUAACACGCCUGUAGAGAAGGGGUUUUAGCACACACGUGCUUUUGUUUGGCAAAUCAAUUUGGAGGGAAAAGGCCCUUCAAUCUUGGGCAGAAGAUACAAUUUUCUUCUUAUUUAAGGCUGAAGAAGUGUUUUUUCCAACCGAAACAGGUUUUAAGUGUUUUAGAAGUCACACUAACAUUAACAGCCAUGCUUCUAAACUAUUACUGCAACAGAAAAUGAUCCUGCUCUCUUUUUUAUGUUGUGUGUGAACAUUUAUACAAUCUGCACAGCAAAUCAGAUGGCAGUUACCUGAAUUAAAUCUAACCUAAAGGUAAAUAAGUGUAUUUAGAAAAGGGUUAGUUAUCUGAUUAACUCCCUUAUACAGUUCACUGUGUAUGAAUGUUGGCUAUUGCCCAGUAAAGUGAAAGCAGCCAGGUGCAGCAACGCUUACCUUUAGGAUUGGCUUAAAUGACUGCUCAAAACUACUUAAAAGGAAUUAAUUCAACUACAUGAAUGCUGGCAAAGAAUUAACACCAAAUAAAUUAAUGUUAUUGAAAUUAUUCCAAUGAAAUAUGCUUUGAGACUCAUUUGAAGGGCACUUGACAGCAACGCCUCCUCAUAUAAAAGACAGCUUUUGUCAUACUCAUACAAAACAGCUUACAAGUUUUGAAGCCACACAAAAGGAACCAAAUGAGGAAUUUUUUUGUUUGUUUUCCCUUAGGCACUUUUUUUAAACAACACAGACUUUGGCUCUUUCCCAUGUUUGCAUUACGCUUCCCAAAGUCCAACAAAUCUCCACAUCAGGACGCUUUUUUAUGCGAUUUUAAAAAUAUAUAGAAGAUGUAUCACAGCUGAAUUCUUACAACACAGCACUACUAUACCUGAAACAAUUCUCAUUUGCCAUCAGCAUUUAUAGACUUCACAGCUAAUCUACUUCCUCUACUUCUGGACAACCUGAUCUAGUUGAAGAUGUCCCUUCUCACUGCAGGAGGGUUGGAACUAAAUGAGCAUUAAGGUCCCCUUCAACCCAAACUAAUCUGACUCCAUGAUUUCUCAAACUACUAGCAUGGUGAAUGACUCUUUUUCUUCUUCCACUCAUCCCGUCUUCCAUCUCCUGUUUCUUUUUCCUAAGCUUUCUUUCAUUUUUACCUAUGACAUACCUGAUAAAGCCUUCACACCAGGCAUACUCCCUGUUUGAUUACUUUAUUGCUUAACAUACCCCUUGUUCAUAGAGUAGUUAGGAUUGGAAAGGAACUUAAGAUCAUCUAGUUCCAACCCCCCUGCCAUGGGCAGGGACACCUCACACUAGACCAUGUUGCCCAAGGCUCUGUCCAACCUGGCCUUGAACACUGCCAGGGAUGGAGCAUUUACCACUUCUUUGGGCAACUUGUUCCAGCGCCUCAGCACCCUCACAGUAAAGAACUUCUUCCUUAUAUCUAACCUGAACUUGCCCUGUUUAAGUUUGAACCCAUCACCCCAUGUCCUAUCACUCCAGUCCCUGAUGAAGAGUCCCUCUCCAGCAUCCUUGUAGCCCCCUUCAGACACUGGAAGCUGCUCUGAGGUCUCCACGCAGCUUCUCUUCUCCAGGCUUCAGAGCAACCCCUUCUCAAAAAGCAAAACAUAAGAAAACAGACAUGAGAACAACAGAAUACCUCGCAUCCCACAUCCCAACUCUAGUUUUAAGGCAAAUACACCCAACGCAGCACAUACACCGCCCUCCACCACAGAGAGACCCAGAAGCCCCGUUAGGGGGCGCCCAUGCGCGCCGCUCAUCCGGGCGCCGCCGCCGCAGCGCGGCGCAUGGGCACUGCCCCUGCGGGCGGCCGGUCGCGGUGCACUGUGGGAAGGAGGCGGCCCUUGUCCCGGCGGACGGUGGCGGUGAAUCCUCCCGGCCGCUCACAGCAGUGUAGAGCCGCUUCUCCCCCCCCACCCCGUCCCCCUCCUUCCUUCCUCCCUCCCCCCUCAUCCUCCUCCUCCCCACAUACACCCCCCCCCUUCCCUUCCCCUCCCCUCCCUUCGGCAUUUAAAGGGGCAGCGGCGCCAACCCGCGGGACCAUGCCGAACUUCUGCGCGGCUCCCAACUGCACCCGCAAGAGCACCCAGUCCGACCUCGCCUUCUUCCGCUUCCCCCGGGACCCCGUCAGGUAAGACCGCACCCGGCCACUGCCGCCGCCUCAGGGAGGCAGCCCGCGAUGCAGCGGCUUGGCGGGGGGGGGUGUGUGUGCUCGUCUACUCCCCGCUCUGCCUCAGCACACACCGCGGCGGGGAGGUGCCUCCCUCCUUCUUGCCUCCUCACCUCGGCUUAAUGGAGGCGGGGGGCCCCCGGCUCGGAGCUGCCGCCUUCUCCCGGCGAAGGCCGCUGCUCGCUGUGGCGCCGGCGGGGCGGGACCCUGCGGGCCGCGGCGGGGAGGCGGGCGGGCGGGCGGCUGCGCAUGCGCUGCCGGGUCCUCCGCUUUACCCUCCUCACCGGGAUGGGGAGGCCCUGUGGGGCUUGUGGGAGUCAUGGUGUCAAAGAUGGGUAGAGAACUGUCGAAGGGCAGAUUUAGAAGAUAAAACUCCAGAUCAACUCAACAAGCAUUACAGAUUGUGUGCUAAACAUUUUGAGACUUCUAUGAUAUGCAGGAGCAGCCCUUACAGAACGGUUUUACGGGAUAACGCUGUGCCAACUAUAUUUGAUCUUACAAGUCACCUGAAUAAUCCUCACAGCAGACACAGGAAAAGGAUAAAAGAGCUGAGUGAAGAUGAAAUAAGAACACUGAAGCAACAGAAGAUUGAUGAACCUUUCGAACGGGAACAGGCAACUCAAGAAUUGAAUGAAAACAAUGAACAAAACGCUGUCUCUGAGGAAGGAGGGGAAGAACAAGAGGAAGAAGCUGUGCCCUUAACACUGGAAGAAAGAGAAAACAAAGAUUACCUUAAAUCUUUGUUUGAAAUAUUGAUCCUAAUGGGUAAACAAAAUAUUCCUUUGGAUGGCCAUAAUGUCGACGAGCUUCCAGAAGGUAUUUUUACUUCCGAUAACUUUCAGGCUCUACUGGAAUAUAGAAUAAAUGCUGGAGAUGAAGUUCUGAGGAAGCGAUUUGAGAUGACUGCAGUCAACCUUGAGUAUUGUUCAAAAACUCAGCAGAAACAAAUGCUUGAGAUCUGUGAAAACUGUGUUAGAGAAGAGACACUGAGGGAAGUAAGAGACUCACACUUCUUUUCUAUCGUCACUGAUGAAGUAGUAGACAUUGCAGGAGAGGAACAUUUGCCCGUGUUGGUGAGAUUUGUUGAUGAUUCUCAUAAUCUAAGAGAAGAAUUCAUCGGGUUUUUGCCAUAUGAAGCUGACCCUGAAAUUUUAGCUGUUAAGUUCCACACGACUAUUACAGAGAAGUGGGGUCUAAACAUGGAGUACUGUCGAGGCCAAGCCUACAUCGUCUCCAGUGGGUUUGCUUCUAAAAUGAAAGUUGUGGCUACGAGACUCUUGGAAAAGUAUCCACAAGCUGUGUAUACCCUGUGUUCCUCGUGUGCCUUAAAUGUUUGGCUGGCAAAAUCCAUUCCUGUUGUUAGUGUUUCCAUUGCAUUAGGAACAAUCGAAGAGGUUUGCUGUCUAUUCAGUCAGUCUCCGCAAUUACUGGUAGAACUGGACAACACGAUUUCUGUUCUUUUUCAGAACAAUAAGGACAGGGGUAACAAUCUGAAGGAGAUCUGCCGUUCCCAGUGGACAGGCAGGCAUGAUAUGUUCGAGGUUUUAGUGGACCUCCUGCAAGCGUUGGUGCUGUGCUUGGAUGCGGUAAGCAGCGACUCGUCCGUCAGGUGGAACAACUGUAUUGCUGGUCGAGCAUUUGUACUUUCAAGUGCUUUAACAGAUUUUGACUUCAUUGUCACCGUUGUCAUUCUGAAAAACAUUCUCUCUUUUACAAGAGCAUUUGGGAAAAAUCUCCAAGGCCAAACAUCAGAUGUCUUCUUUGCAGCCAGCAGCUUAACAGCAGUGUUGCAUUCUCUGAACGAAGUGAUGGAGAAUAUUGAAGUUUACCAUGAAUUCUGGUUUGAGGAAGCAACAAAUCUGGCUACAAAACUGGAUGUACAAAUUAAACUCCCAGGAAAGUUUCGUAGGGCACAACAGGGGAACUUGGACUCGGAGGUAACAUCAGAAAACUACUACAAAGAAAUCCUUAGUGUCCCCACAGUGGAGCAUAUUAUUCAAGAAUUAAAAGAUAUAUUCUCAGAACAACAUUUAAAAGCUCUUAAGUGUCUGUCGCUGGUGCCCUCAGUCAUGGGGCAGCUCAAAUUCAACACGUCUGAGGAGCAUCACGCUGACAUGUACAAAAAUGACUUGCCUAAUCCAGACACGCUUUCUGCUGAGCUUCACUGUUGGAGAAUCAAGUGGAAGCACAGAGGGAAAGACAUUGAACUCCCAGCUACUAUUUAUGAAGCACUUCACUUGCCUGACAUCAAGUUUUUCCCUAAUGUUUAUGCGUUGCUUAAAGUCUUGUGCAUACUUCCAGUGAUGAAGGUGGAGAAUGAGAAGUACGAAAUAGGACGAAAGCGCUUAAAGGCCUACCUGAAAAACACCUUGACAGCACAAAGGUCAAGCAACUUAGCUUUGCUGAACAUAAACUUUGACAUAAAACAUGACUUAGAUUUAAUGGUGGACACUUACAUUAAACUCUAUCCUUAUAAAGUGGAGUUUCAAGAAGACUUUACUCCCUCAAACAACUCUGAAGUAACAGGAGAUGCUUAAUUUUCUAAGCUUUACCCAAGCUGUUGAAACAGCUUUUAAUUAAGCUUCAGUGCUGAGGAAAACAAAACCUGAGAUCUCAAAUCACUGCAACUGUGUUUCCAUUUUAGGUCUUGGACUGAAGAAGUCAGUGACCCAGGUUAUGGUUUAUUAGCCUGCAUUAAAUGUCUUACGCGAACAAAAUCAAGCCUGAAAACAAGCCCAUGCUCUUGGCAGAGGUGCUGGUUGACUUAACUAGGUGCUCGUGUACUGCAUCUUGGAAAAAAUACACUGUGGUAUUAGAUCUGAUGGGGCUGUUACAUAUUUGCUCAUGAAUUAGGAUAAGAAAAAAGAAACCCUCAAAAUGCUAAAAAGAGUAUUGACCGUUUUAGAUCUGUUACUUAGGAUUUUAUUCUCUUGGAAACCUUUUUAAAAAGAAGUCUUUGAUGUAUAUUUAAAUGGCAUUUUGGAGGGUGGAUUCAGCUAUGGCACGAUCCCAGUGCUGUGGACUCCUCUCAGUGUAAAGAGAAUGUUAGUGACAUAGAGGUACGUUUAUACGGUUUCCUCGGAAGAAUCAACCUCUUUAAUGUCUUGAUGACUGUUUACAUUCCUUUGUGUGAGACACAAACCUUUUUUGUUUCCUUUAGGCUUUUAACAGGCAUGGCAGGAGUAUGGAAAUUCCUAAAAGAUACUAAAAACUUAACAUUGAUUCCACAAACGUUUCAGUCUGACACAAACCCAUGCAUCUUCUUGUCUGUUUAUUUGUAAACUCGCCCAAGAAGGAUUAAAAUCAGCAUUCGUUGUUUGUCUAGAUGUAAGAUUGAAAAUAUUGCUGUUAUUUUUGGCAAGAAUGAAACAUUUUUGUACAGUUUAUUGCAAUUGAAAAUAAAAUGUGAAUUGCUUUUUACAUAGUAUUGGGUUUCUUAGUAAAGCUGUGCCUCUC